GAAUGAUGGAUGGAUGUGACUUGACAAGCAACAAAAAUUGCGGCGUGGAUUUAUGGUUAAAAAUUGGAGAAUUCUAACUGUUGAUUGUUUAGUGGUGUAUUUGUUAUCUUUAAAUAUUUACAAGAAAUUAUACUAAAGUUCGUAAUCAAGUUUAAAGUUGUGUAUGUCAUGAUAAUGACUGAUAUUUUAAAAGUUUUGAGACAAAGUUUGUGCAUAUCAUUGUCUUUAGCGAUUAGCCGCGGAUUUCCCGUUUUGUAUGCAUUAUAGCAAAGACUGAGAAGGUUGGGGAAAUGGUUCCGUUAGUGUUAAAUUAUAUAGGAUCAAAAGAAAACUGUACUUGUUCGUGAGAAAAAUAAAAAAAAACUUUGUUUAGUUUAGUGACAGGAUGUAUCCGACGCCGACGCGGCACCCGGCGGGGGCUGUAAGGGGGCCGCAGCCAACAGCAGGACCUAUAAAGUUUACAGUAGCAGAUACUUUAGAACGUAUUAAAGAAGAAUUUAACUUUUUACAAGCUCAGUACCACACGCUGAAAUUGGAAUGUGAAAAGUUGGCAAGUGAGAAAACGGAAAUGCAGAGACAUUACGUCAUGUAUUAUGAAAUGUCUUAUGGCCUUAAUGUUGAAAUGCAUAAACAGACAGAAAUAGCGAAACGGCUUAGUGCAAUUAUCGGACAGGUGUUGCCAUUUCUAGCGCAAGAACACCAGCAGCAAGUUGCAUCUGCCGUUGAGAGAGCCAAGCAGGUCACUAUGUCCGAACUUAAUGCUAUUAUUGGGCAACAACAACAACAAGGCCUCCAGCAACUUCUUCAACAGAUUCACGCAUCAGCGGGUCUACCGCAUGGAGUGGGGGGAGCCGGGGCGCUGUUAGGGGCGGGGGGCCUUCUGUUCCCCGGUGCAGGGCCCCCGCCAACUCCACAUCUACCGCCGCCCGCACACAAGGUCGAAUUACCGCCUCCCUCAGAUAUUAAACCUCCAGCUUUAACGGGUGGGCCGGCCCAACCCGCUUUACUGCCCGGACAACCUCCUCCACGGGAUGACGAUAGGAUGUCAUCACGAGCUCAUAGCCAACAGCAGAUGCAAGCGUGUGGUACCUACGCAGAGGGACUCGCUCAAAGCGAUUCACCGGUGAAGUAUAAUGUGUGUACACCGCAGAGACGCUCGGUGUCGCCGCACGAGCGCGAACACAAGUACCGGGCGCGCUCGCCCGCCGAGCCCGAGCCCUUGGACGUGAAGCGCAGGAAGGAGGAGAAGGUACUCGGACAUGUGAGUCUAUUUAGUGAUAGCGACGCAGAAAAAAGUGAUCAAGAUCUUGUUGUUGAUGUAGCAAACGAGGAGGAAAGAGGAUCUCCCAGUGUACGUACUGAGGGCGGUGAGAGAACAGAGAACGGUCCGCGACCUCCUUCGAGGUCAGGAUCGUCAUCUAGCAGAUCGACGCCCAAGAGUUCAAAAGAUGAUAAACCUGGAACUCCCGGUUCCAAGAAUCGCGCCCCCACCCCCACGGGGCGCUACGCCUUCCCCACCUACGCCGGCUACCGCCCGCCGCUGCCCUACGACGGACACACCCGCACCAACGGCAUGCCGCCCGCCAAGCCCGCGUACGCGUACCACUCGUGCGGCGGGCCGCUGCAGGCGGUGCCGUUCCCGGCCGACGCGCUGGCGGGCGCGGGCGUGGCGCGGGGCGCGCGCGCGGUGGCGGCGCUGCCGCACGGCGAGGUGGUGUGCGCCGUGGCGCUGUCGCUGGGCGCCGCGCGGCACGCCUACACGGGCGGCAAGGGCUGCGUCAAGCUGUGGGACAUCACCGACCCCGGCUCGCCCGCCGCGCUCGAGCCGCUCUCGCAGCUCGACUGCUUGCCGUCCUUUCAGCAAAGAGACAACUACAUCCGAUCGGUGAAGCUGCUGCCGGACGGGCGCACGCUGCUGGUGGGCGGCGAGGCGUCCAACCUGUCCAUCUGGGACCUGUCGUCGCCCACGCCGCGCAUGCGCGCCGAGCUCACGUCGUCCGCGCCCGCCUGCUACGCGCUCGCCAUCAGCCCCGACUCCAAGGUGUGCUUUAGUUGCUGUUCGGAUGGAAAUAUAGCUGUAUGGGAUCUACACAAUCAAACGUUAGUUAGGCAAUUUCAAGGUCAUACAGAUGGUGCUUCGUGUAUAGACAUAAGUCCAGACGGCACGAGGCUAUGGACGGGCGGUCUGGACAACACGGUUCGUUCCUGGGAUCUAAGAGAAGGAAGACAAUUGCAUCAACACGAUUUCUCAAGUCAAAUCUUUUCUCUAGGAUACUGUCCCACAGGUUCAUGGUUAGCUGUGGGUAUGGAGAAUUCGCACGUGGAAGUGUUACACGCUGGCAAGCCGGAUCGAUAUCAGCUCGUGUUACACGAGUCAUGCGUGCUGUCGUUACGUUUCGCGGCUUGCGGGAAAUGGUUCGUGUCAACGGGGAAGGAUAACUUGUUGAACGCAUGGCGUACGCCGUACGGUGCUAGCAUAUUUCAGUCUAAAGAAUCAUCAUCGGUGCUCAGUUGUGAUAUAUCAGCGGAUGAUAAAUUUAUAGUGACAGGAUCUGGGGACAAGAAGGCAACAGUGUAUGAAGUGAUGUACUAAUACAGUGAAGUGCAGUGUAGUAGACAGAAGUGAUAAUCUCAAUAGGCAAUAACAAAGGGUAUCUUGUGGUCCAGUGGAACUUCAAGCUAAAUGGGUCCGUUAAAAAUAAAUAAAAUGAGACAAAAAUAAAAAGUCUAAAACAAU